UCUCAAGAGGGGGUGUUACUACAAUCAGUUCAAUGUUAUCAGUUCUUCGGUUCAACACGCAAUCUUCGAGAAGAACGAUAGCGUGAGUUAAACAAUAGAUAACGCGAAUUAUGAGAGUUUUUUCGCGAUUUGUUUAAUAAAAAAAAUUGAGGUUUUAAUGUUUCAGUCUUAAAAGAUCCAUUUGUCGCUGGCAAAUCAAGUAUGCUUGAACUUCUUAUCUGGAUUAGUUUCAUCAUUACAUCUAUCCUAACACAAAUACAUGGAAGCAGCGUUCUAAUUGCCGACAAUUCUAUGUCUAACAUGAUUGAAAUCACUUCAAGGCCGCCAUUUUGUCGUGUUCACACAGAUAGAGGAGUUAUACGAACCAGAUUACUUGCAUCUGAUCAAAGACGUGUAAGACAGAUGACAGACGAUUCCAUAUCCAAUCUUAUGGCCAUUUGCAACGACAAAUUUGUUCAUUCAGCUCACCAAGGUGGCUUCAUCUACCCUGGCACGAAAUGGUGUGGACCUGGGAACAAAGCAGAUAAUUACUCUGAUAUUGGACACCACACCAAGGAGGAUGUUUGCUGUAGGGAGCAUGAUUUUUGUGAUAAAUAUUUGAAACCAGGGGAUUGUGAAAGAGGGAUUUGUAAUAAAUCUCCAUUCACAAGAUCUCAUUGCGACUGUGACUCAAAAUUCAGAAGAUGCUUACAAAAUGUCAACUCCGAAACUGCCAAUACGAUUGGAGCAAUAUUUUUCAAUGUGAUUCAAAUAAUCUGCUUUAAGGAACGUACUCCUUGUGCAGCUAUUCAUGGUCCUUAUAGUGUGAGGAAUAACCACAACAAUUACUGUCCAUUGAAGUAUUCAAAAUCACCAAAAUUUCCAGUGGAUUUUAAACAAUACAAAGCUUUUUCUUUUCUGGAAAAAAAGAAAAUACCCAAAUUUUUCGAUGUGAUAUUUAAACAUAUAAGAAUAUUCUAGUGCCAAUCUUACCUUUUUGUUCAUAUUUGUAAAUAAAAUUUUAUUAUUUUUUUAUUUUUUA